AUGGCCUUGGCCACGGAGGUUGUGGAAUCUCCAUCACUGGAGAUUUUUAAGAGCAGGUUGGACAAACACGUGUUAUGGAUGGUCUGGAUAAUACUUAGUCCUGCCAUGAGAGCUGCAGAAAAUACUGCUGCUGUCUUUGGGGUGAAUCAGACACCCCCUUUUAUCCGUGCAAUGGAAGGGUCAGAGUUCACCAUCGAGUGUACAUUCAACACAAGCAAUAACUCUAUCAAGUGGUUUGUUGAAUGGAAUAAAACCAGAAACCAUGUAACAGAAAAGGUGUCCAAUGGAACAGAUCGAAUCGUAUCAUCAGAAGUUAAAGAAAAGAGGUCUCUUUCUCUCACUGUGAAGAAAGCUGAUGUCACUGAUUCUGGAACCUACGUGUGUGGGGUUGGGAGUAAACAUGGGACAUUGCCUGGGAAUGGAACCCAAGUGACCAUCGAUGAAAUUACCGACCUGAUGGUGAAUCAAACCCCAACCAGUGUCAGUGAUUUCAAAGGCUCAGAACUUACCAUGAAGUGUACAUUCAAGACAGUCAAUAACCACUGCACCAUGUAUGUGCGAUGGUAUAACUAUGGGACUGAGGGACUAAAGAAAGAGCUGGUGAAUGACAGCGAUGUGAUCACAACCCUGCAUUUGGACAAUGGGUUUGCCUCUCUCACUUUGAAGAAUGUGAAUUCAUCUAAUACAGGAAUCUACGUGUGUGAGGUGGGGAUCACAGCAAGGAACCUCUCUGGGAAUGGAACAGGAACCCAAGUGACCAUCAAGAAACCACUUCAAAGCAGGUCAGAGGCAGAGAUGAAUCAGAUGGAGACGUCUUCUCCACCACCAGCUGAUGAGGUGACUUACGUUGACUUGAACUCCCACAAAAGGGACGCAAAAGCGGAGGAAGAGGUUGUUUACACGGAAGUGAAGAUACGGCCAAAACAGAGAGAUGACAAUGACAUCUAUGCAAAAGUCAACCCUCUUCAUCGCUAG